CUGCACAGACAUGACCCCCUGUUCAAACAGCUACUCCUCCAUGCACCACACAAGGAUGUCUGAGAAAGACAACAUCAAAUUGAGAAAACCUAUUGUGGAGAAAAUGCGCAGGGAUCGCAUCAACAGCUGCAUAGAGCAGCUCAAAGUCAUCCUGGAGAAGGAAUUUCACAAGCAGGAGCCCAACUCCAAGCUGGAGAAAGCAGACAUCUUGGAGAUGACAGUCAGCUUUCUGAGGCAGCAGCUGCAGUCAGGUCUCUGUCACAGCGACUACAACCAGACCUACUCUCACUGCUGGAGGGACUCCAUGCACUUCCCCUCUGCAGGCUCCAACACAGAGACCUCUACUGCUCCUCUGCAGGCCUUCCAGCAACAGGACCAGGUUCUCCAUCAGGACCAGAGAGUCAGCAGCUCCUCCCCAGUCUCCCCCACCCUCAGGCCCAUAACACCACAGGAAAGAGGCUCAGUUUGGAGGCCUUGGUAGAGACUCUAAGACCUGAGAGGAGGUGGUUUCUCCCUCACUGUGCAGGAAAUGUAUUUCCAGCCCGCUCAUUCAGUGGGUUUCCUCAUUGUCUCAUCACAUUGGUGGACAAGUAAAAGCAAUGGGCUCUCACUUGUUGAAGAUCGCCCUGCUUUGACACAUAUUUUUUUCCUUUAAGUUGAAAGUUGGAUAUUGAUUUUGAAUGAUGAUAGUUUUUUGUAAAUCAUGUGAUUGUUUACUCCAGUGGAGUUUAUCUUUGGACUGCUUGAUGUAACAACAAAUUAUCUACCAUACUGUGUUUUACUGAAAGCCACUGUUGAGAAUAUUUCUCUUCUUUAUUGAAACAUUUAUGCCAAAUUUUAUAUGUGAGGAUGUCUCCUUUGUGUUGUGUGUGUGUGUGUGUGUGUGUGUGUGUGCGCGCAAAAUGGUGUAAAUAUUCAAAUUGAGUAUGUACACUGGAGCCUGGAAGCUGAUAUCAAUGUUUUCUUUUAUGUUUUGACUCCUAAAACUAAUUUCUACUUGGUUUGUAUGACAAUUGAUGAAAUAUACAAUCAUUAA